CGAGCGGUUUUAGCCUCGUCCAGUUACAUAAACAGUUUAUGAUCACAAAACAUCAGUAUCUCAGCAGUUUCGGUUUUAUCCGCCCUCGUCUGUGUUAAAUGUCAUUGACCUGGAGAACGUGGUCGUCUGAAACGCAGCGACGGAAACGUCUCCGUCGCUUUAACGCUCUGUUGUGUGAUUCAGGUAUGCUCAGGUGGACCCUUCAUAAGAAAGUCCAGAAGAACCCGGUCAACAGCCUGUCCCUGGUGUGGCUGCUCAUCAAGGAACUGGAGAAAGCGGAAAGAUGGAACAGUCGCAAAAACAUCCUCCCUCUUCUGCACACGCUCAUGUACGCGCUGAUCCAGACGAUCCACAUUCCGGAUGAACUCUAUAAACGUGUGUACGACUUCUGCAAAAGACUCCUGACCUACCCACAGCCCUACUGCACCGUGGGCCUCAGCUGCACCAAGCAGAUCAAGAAGGAGCGGGCCAUUCCAGGUCUCACUUUUCAGAGGAUGGUCGUCGCCGAACAGAGAUUAAAAAACGAUCUGUACCGUUUCCAGGAGAGAGUUUUUGUCCUGGCCGAUCCUGCCGUUUUCUCCUCUUCCUUGUGCCGAGUGGUGCGUGACGACAUCGAGGCGUCGGCGGCGACCUCCAGGGGGCGUGUCUCUCCUUUUGACCACAUGUGCAGCGUGGUCCAACACGCCAUCCAGGCCAACGUGGGUCUGGAGCAGAGCGACGGCUCCAGACUGGCCCGAGCGCUCAAGGACGCGGGUCGUGACGUGGAGCACUAUUUUCAGGAAGUGCUGUCGGCGUUUGAACAGCGCGCGGACCAGAGCGACGCCCUGAGCGGCCGCCUGCUCCAGCUCUACCAUCAGAUCGUGGCUGACACAGAGCCGUCGUCCAGCGGAGCCCCGAGCGACUGCCCCCUGCCCAACCCGGACAUGAGCUUCUACCUGUGGACGGAGGAGCUGGACAUCUGUGAGUGUGUGUGGUCAAUGUGA